AAGCACUUUCUUGAGGCCCUUACACCCUCCCAUUUCCCAGGAGAUAUUUACUUCUCUAAAUUCUGGAUUGACAAUUUUAACUGUUCACCUCCUGCUUCACAAUGUGGAAAUUAUAAACCCUGUCCAGUGAAUAUUUCCCUAAAGACUAAGGAUAAAAUAAAUGAAGUAAUGACUAUUUCUGAGCCAAGCUAUUCCAUAUGGAGUGCAGUAUACGCAGUGGCCCAUGCCCUACAUAAAAUGCUAUUGAGCAAAACUGAAAUGGGAUCUAAAGAAGACAGAAACACAGACUGGCUUCUACCAUGGCAGCUGCAUCCAUUUCUGAGGAAAAUUAAAUUUAUAAAUGCUGCUGGAGAUGAAAUAAGCUUUGAUGAGAACAAGAAUAUUAUAGAAACAUAUGAUAUACAAAACUUUAUUGCAUAUAAUUUUCAAAAUGUAUUACUACUUAAAGUGGGAGAGUUUGUCUUUAAGAGUGCACAAGAUCAAGGCUUUUUCAUCAAUGAAGUUGUGAUUCAAUGGCCAAGCAACUACACACAGACUCCUCAAUCUGUAUGUACACAGAGCUGUGGUCCAGGAUUCUGGAAAGUUCUACAAAAAGAAAGGCCAGUCUGCUGUUUUUCUUGUGCAUUUUGUCCAGAGCAGCACAUUUCUAACCAGACAGAUCAGCAGGAGUGCAUCCCUUGCCCAAUUCAAGAGUACCCAAACCCUGAGAGAAACCAGUGCCUGCCCAAGAAAGUGACCUUCCUUUCCUUUGAGGAUCCUCUAGGCAUAGCUCUGGCAUGCACAGCUCUUUGCUUCUCUGUCAACACUAUUGCAGUUCUGGGGAUCUUUCUCAAACACCAAGAAUCAGCCAUUGUUAAGGCCAAUAACCGGACUCUCAGCUACAUACUGCUCAUCUCCAUCCUUCUCUGCUUCCUCUGCUCCUUUCUCUUCAUUGGCCACCCAAACACAACCUCCUGCAUACUUCAACAGAUAACAUUUGCACUUGUCUUCACCUUGGCUAUUUCCACUGUUUUGGCAAAAACUAUAACUGUAAUUCUGGCCUUUAGGGUCACGAAACCAGGAAGAACAAUGAGAAGGUUGUUUGUCUCAGGUGUCUAUAAUGCUGUCAUCCCUAGCUGUGUCUUGAUCCAACUGAUUCUCUCUGGAGUAUGGCUGGGAACCUCACCUCCCUAUACUGACAGAGAUGCACACUCUGAAUAUGAUCAUAUCAUUAUUUUAUGCAACAAGGGCUCAGUUACUGCUUUCUACUGUGUGCUGGCCUAUUUAGGGACCCUGGCCUUAGGCAGCUUCACUGUGGCUUUUCUGGUGAGGAACCUGCCUGACACAUUCAAUGAGGCCAAGUUCCUGACAUUUAGCAUGCUGGUGUUUUGCAGUGUCUGGGUCACCUUCAUCCCAGUCUUCCUGAGCACUAAGGGCAAAGCCAUGGUGGCUGUGGAGGUCUUCUCCAUCUUGGCCUCCAGUGCAGGGCUGCUGGGGUGCAUCUUUUUCCCAAAGUGCUACAUUAUUCUCUUAAAACCUCAUAAAAACUCAUUGAGAUCCGAACGUGAACCAGUUUGUGACGUCAUCGCCCCGUCCCCUGAUCCCGGAAGUAAACAUGCCCUGCUACUGGAAGCCACUUGUGUGCAGGAAAAAAUGUGCAGUUUGAAUUCUCCUAAUCAGACGCAGUCCAGCCGGUCCCUGGUCCCUGGAGAAGGGAUCCUGGCGUCCCUGUCCCUUUUAAAAAUUAAUUUCGAGUUUCCCACUCAAAGCAGGACUAGUCUCGGGAAGGCAGAAAUGCGCUAA